AUGGAAUUCGCGACGCACCCCGCCACCCCUCCCUUCACUCCUUGCCUCCCACCACCCUCGUCGUCCGCUGUUUACUCCGAGCCUUCGCAGCCACUAAAUUCUCCCGAGACGACAUCCUCGCGACACUCGAGCGACCGCAGCGACGCGUCGUCACCGUCGUCCGUCGCCUUCACCGACUCGUCCACCAGCGCGUCGUCAAGCCCGCUCGCCCCAUCAUGCAGCAGCAGUGCGACGCCGGACAGCCGCGCGAGCCGGGAUUCGAGCGACGCGUUACCACCAAAUGUAGCCGUGAAAGACGGGAAAUGCUCUGUCCACGACGCCUACCCACCUACCCAAUCUCCAGGAAACACCUCCGCGCGAGUUUCCUUUCGCGAAAAGCUGUUCGUGAUUUUGCGAUUGGCUCGCGAGUACAUUCGCCACCCGCCGCGUCUACCCAUUCUCGUGAAUGCGGUGGUCAUCGUGACCAUGACGUGCGGCGUCUUCGCGCUGCUCACCGGCAUCUACCGCGUCGCUUUCACAUCGGAUGACAAACGCGCAGACCUGCUCGAAUUCUCGACGCAGGUUCUGCAGGCGGCCGGCACCGUCGCCGCGCUGCUCCUGCACCCCACGCGCCUCGUCUACCUCCUCCGUCUCGUCCGCUGGCGACCGGCCGAUGUGAUCAGCCUGCGGAAAGUCUUCUCGCGAGGCGACGCGGCGGUGGCGAAGCCUCACGAACGUCGCCACAUGGCGGUGGUGAUCGGGUUACUCAACAUCGCGUGUGUCAGCCAGUACGGGAUCUUCCUCUGCCUGUGCCUGCGCGCGCCCGCGGACCGCCGAAUCUUCCCCGUGGUCGUAUUCAUUUUCGGCGCGUUUGGCCUGGGCACUGUCGCUGGCGUUUACUUCCUGCUCUGCCCGCUCGGCCGCCCUCUUCCUGCUGAGAGAGCUGAUGGCGCUCUGCCUGCGGCGCCUGAGGCGCAUAAGAGUAGUGCGGGGUCGGCGGACGCGGAUAGAAGUACAGCGCGCGGAAGUCCGGCGGAGAAAGCCCGCGCGUGCGGUUUGUGGGAGAUCAGCUCGCGGGGCAGGGGCGACGGCGUGGAGGAAAGGGGGUCGGAGGGAAGCGAGCGGCGGGCGAGGGCUAGAGUGUCCUGCAGCGCACUUUCAUGCCACCUCGGCUCGUCCCCUGACCAUCAUCCCUCGCUCCGCCUCGGCUCCGCCCGCCUGCAGAGCUCGCGCAGCCAGCGCAGCAGCAGCUGCCACGUGGACAAGCGCGCCGUGUGGCAGCCGCGCGCGCCGUGCGCAGGCGCUGCUCAGGGCUCAGCCGCAGCGCAGGGAGCCGCCGCUACUAGCGACGCGCCCGAGUGGGCGGGGUCGCUGUGGGGGGCAGCAGACGACUGCGGAAUCGCUGCGCGCGUGGCGCUCUGCUGCCCGUGCGCCUUCGCUUGGCACCUGCAGCGCGCGGGCUUCGGCCAUCCGCUCUUCCAUGCGCUCAACCUGCUUCUCUUCCUGCUCGGCCCGCCGCUCGUCUUCACUGCAUCCGCGCGCUUCAUGACGAACCCCACGCUGCACGCGCUCACUGUGGCGUUUGGCGUGGCGGGGGCGCUCAUGGGGCUGCUGUACGGCGGGUACUGGCGGUGGAAGCUGCGGCGGACCUUCGACCUGCCUGCGCAGACAUGGGUGUGCAGACACAAGGCGUUUUCGGAUUUCGGCGCGUGGGUAGCGUGCCCCUGCUGUGCACUGUGCCAGGAAAUGCGCACCGUGAAGGCCUACGGGCUCAGGGUGGUGGCUCCUGAUGCUGCCCAGCUGGAGGUGAUUGUAACGGGGGGGAAGGGAAGAGUGAGGAGCGGCAGCAAGAGCCGGGCUGAGCAGGACAGUGUAACAAUCUCGGUUACCACGGCGCCGUCCAUUCUCAAAAUGGAGAUUGACGGCAACAAUGAUGCCGCCUGUUAG